AUGGCCUCUUCAGCAUCCUCGAAGCCUCCGGAGGACCCCUCCAAGCUGGGCUACUCAUAUGUUACGCCUGCCGGAAUGUGCCUGCGGUUUCGCCAGAGCCUGGCGCAGUUUAGUGAUCUAUUCAGCGAGUUCAACAAAUACAUUGCUCCGGCAUACCAUCAUGACCGAUGCGAGCGGUCCGUGCACAUGCGGCUUUACUCGAUGAACAAGCGCGAGUUCGCAACCGUCUUCCUGGCGUUCUUCGCCUGCUUCGGGCUCGGUAUAUUCAUCGGUCUUGCCGGUCCACCGAUCACGGUGAUGAGUAAGGUGAGCGGAAGCUCACUGCAGCCAAAUACUUCUGCUGCGGACGCCGCUGGAAGCUCGUACCUAGCCAAAGGACCGUUCGUGAUGCGAACUCCGCUGUUGACAACCUAUUCGCAGCAGAUGUGGAUCAUCGCAAAGCUGACGACGGAUAACACGGACGACGAGAUGGUGGACAAAAAGUUCCACAUCAGCGUGCAAAUCGAAGGCUUGACGGCCGAGCACAAGCCAAUGUUGGUGUUUGGAGGGACACAUAAUGGAGGCGCCGACUCGAAGAACCGCACGCGUCAUCUCUCCUGCAGCUACGAGGAGUGCGAUGAGUUUACUGUACUGCAUAUCGGCUUUCUGGACUUUGCGCACUAUAUUGUGACGGUGAACUUCUACGGGCUGGAGGCAUUUCACCAGCGGUACAACAUCCGUUCCGUGCAAUUCUACUUUAAAUCGUACAAUCCUGCAUUCACGCAGAUUGAAAUCUGGUUCCGGUUCAUUUUUGUGCUGUUCACGUUCAUCAUCACGUGCUGGUUCGCGCACACGCUCCGGAAAUACCCAAUGAACGAUUGGUCGAUCGAGCAAAAGUGGUUAUCGAUACUGCUACCGUUGUUAUUACUCUUCAAUAAUCCCAUUUUUCCUCUGAUAUUCAUCGCUAACAACUGGUUUCCUGGAAUUAUCGACGCGCUGCUGCAAACAACGUUCUUAUGCGGCAUUCUCAUGUUUUGGCUUUGCGUUUACCAUGGAUUGCGGCAAAACGAGCGCAAAUUUCUCACAUUUUAUCUUCCCAAACUGAUCGUAGUGCUUCCAAUUUGGUUGUGCGCCGUGGUCCUGGGCAUUUGGGAGAAAUGUGACGAACUAAACGAUCCCACAUACAGUCAUUUCGAGGAUUCCGAGAACUACAAAGGCUUAAAGGUGUUUGUUUCGAUUGCCGGUGCAAUGUACUUACUGUAUUUGGGACUUUUGAUGCUUAAGGCAUAUUCCGAGCUAAGAUCGAUGCCGUACUUCGAUAUGCGUCUCAAAAUCCUUACACUGUUGAUGUUGAUCGUAAUAUCAAUUACUCUCAUUGUGACGAUGCAACAUUUUGGGUUCGACACAUUAGAAGACAAUUUCAUAGCGCAGCUCUACACCAGCUACAAAAGCUCGGCACAGUUCAUGUGUUUCUACGGGCUACUUAAUUUUUAUCUUUACGCCAUGGCGUAUGUUUAUUCGCCCAGUGGCCCUGCAGUUCAUGAGCCAAUCAUAGCCAAGGAUAAUCCAACUUUCUCGAUGAUCAACGAUUCCGACGAAGAAGUUAUGUAUGGCUCAGACGAAGAAAGCCGUCGACCGUUGAAUUCAGCCUGCAGAAAAGGAAACGAUUACGACAGUGAUUAAGUUCUACGCGUUUACCGUCCGUUCAUUCUAACUGCGUUAGGUAGUGGCUCAGCUAACAAAAACGCUAUGAUUAUGAUCCUUGCUAGUUUCUAACUAUCAGCAUCAAAUCCAUUAUCAGCUGAUUUUAUUAUCUACCACAAACUGUUAAAUCUCUCUAUUGGAAGGACAAGAAAUAGGCGGGACAGCAGAAGGCAUGGAAAAUAUGUUGUGAAGUGGUCAAUUAGGUUGGACAUCUUAUGUUUUCCUAUGAUUUUCAAUAUUAUUUACUGGAUAAACGAAAAGCAGCUGUUUACAUACCAUGCUUGCAUCGACAAAGCAAUCGCGCACGUUUACUUCAGCGACUUGGUUUCUUAUGCUGCGACAACAUAAGAUCCGGCCGAUGCUCUGGAUCUAAAUACAUUAGAUUACGUACAAUAUCUCACUAGAAAAUUUAAGUAAGAACUAUCGAAAAUGAAAGUGUAAUAUGGUAACCGUUUAAGUUGUUUCAAAUUGUGUGGAUUUUGGUGUCAACUAAUGUAUUUCAAUGAUGAACCUUAUUCCAGUGCGAGUUUAUCGUGAAAUUUGUUACACCCUAUGCGUAAGAGAAACAACCAAAACUAAGAUAAUAAUUACGUGUAAUAAGAAUAGGACAAUUCUUCUUGUUUUCAACUUCAACAUCCCGCGCGAAUCAACCGUAAGGUCGGGGAAUUGUUUUACAAGAAUGGGGAAAAGAUAUCUAUCAAUUAGGUAAUAAAUGGAAUAAAUAUCACUUAUAAAAGGAGCGUAAGCUU